AUGAGGCCCUCUGUAUUCGCACUAUGGAUUUCUUCUGCCUUUUUGGCAAGUGAAGCAGGAGCAUUUGUGUCGCAAUCCAAGUCGGCACCCAGACUCGAGAGCAGUCUUUUUGCUCGAAAGCCCUUUAUCACCGGAAACUGGAAGCUCAAUCCAUCCACCAAGGAUGAAGCAGUUGCACUUGCCACUGGAAUCGCCGACUCUGUCACCGCCGAUUCACCUGGCGAUAUUGGUCUAUUCGUCCCUUCUCCAUAUCUGGAAACUGUGCAAAAGAUUGCUGGUGACAAAUUCGUGGUUGGAGCCGAGUGUGUCACCCCUGAAACUGCUGGUGCCUUUACUGGUGGAGUUUCUCCCUCGAUGAUCAAGAGUAUGGGAAUUGAAUGGGCAUUGGCUGGACACUCGGAGCGCAGAACCAUCAACAAAGAGAGCGACGAUUACAUUAAUUCUCAAUGCAAAAUGUUGAUUGAAAGUGACAUGAAUGUUGUUCUCUGUAUUGGGGAGACUCUUGAGGAAUUCGAAAAGGGCCUUGUUGACGCUGUCUGCGAGGUUCAGCUCAAGAAGGGAUUGGCUGGUGUGUCGUCUGAGGAGAUGAAGCAAGUGACAAUUGCCUACGAACCUGUGUGGGCCAUUGGAACUGGAAAGGUUGCUACCCCUGAAAUUGCUCAAGAUGUGCACUCUAUUUGCAGAGGAAUUCUUGGUGAAAUGUACGGCGAACAAGUGGCCGAAGAUACCCGUAUUCUUUAUGGAGGAAGUGUUAGUCCCGACUCGGUUGACGGUCUCAUGGAAAAACCAGACAUUGAUGGAACUCUUGUCGGUGGAGCAAGCCUUGAUGCCACUAGUUUUGGAAGGAUCAUCAAUUUUGUCACCAAGAAGGAACCAGCCACAGUAUAA